AUGCGCCGCGACGAGGCAGGGCGGGGCGGUCGGGCGGGCAGUGCGCCGGAAGAUCGCCGCAACGCCACACAGGAAAGCGCCUCCACUCGCUUCCUCUCCUGGACAACGACGGCGACGGCGAGUCGUGAGAGCGGCGGCACGAGGGAGGAGUCCGCGACGGAGCUAGAGCGGAGGCUGCACGAGCUCCAGCACCUCCGGGAUAGGGAGCGGUUCGAGGCGCUGGAGUCGGCGCCGCGGCGCGUGCUGCGGAAGCUGACGGAGAAGGAGAUGGAGGCGCAGCUGUGGCAGGACACGGCUACACUGGCGCUGGGUUCUGGAAAGAGCACCCUGGCACAAUACGUUUGUAACUAUGAGAAGCACAAAGGCCAACAUUUUGACAGUGUCAUGUUCAUUCAUGUGGGGAAGAGAUUCAGCAUGGGUGACAUAUUCCGUGAUAUGCUGGAGCAAAUCAAGGAGAGCCGGUCAUCUAUUGACAGAGAUCUUAAAAGUCUAAAAACAGAGUUGUGA